UCAGCCUAGAAUAACAGGAAACGUAAUAUUACAAGAAGGAGUUAGCAUAACUAGCCGGAAGAGACAGUACGGAUUGCACAUUAAAAAGACAGGGCAUUAUAUUAAUCGUUAGCACAGGUCGUUGCUCAUGCAAUACGAUGCUGUCAUGUUGCCUGGGUCGUUGAAGUUGGAGGUUUCUCCUUCCUCCAGGAUUACGAUGUCGGAGCGACCUGCCAGUGACGCUUGAGCUUCUAGCAGCCGCUGCCGUUCUUAAUUUGCUGUGUUUGGACACGUAGCUCGGGGAUUAUGAUGCAUGGUGCAGUGGCGUCAUCGGACCCUUACCAGGGCGCAGGGGAAAGGGGCGAAAUGGUGCACACCAUAUCCAAGGAGACGCUGGGGUCUCCAGACGCUUCUGAACUGGGAAGCCCAAGAUCGACACUGAACUUUGAUCUCCUCAACAUGGUUGUCUCCUAUAAGAGAAUGGCGCUUUUUCUGGAACCAGUUACAGAUGCUAUGGAGCUGGUCCGCUUCCUGCUCGGGUGGAGGUUGCCCCUGUGCUCGCUGGUUGUUUGUAUAUUCCUCAAUGUCUUCUUCUGCACUAUUAAUGAGGUGGGUUGGUUGUCAGUGUGUUUGAUGGCAGUCACAGUACCUGCUGCCCUGGGCUACCUGCAGGACAGGUGCUGGGGCAGAGCCUCAGAAGCGGAACUCCAAAAGAGGCAUUACCAUACUGUACACCGCAGAGAUUUGCAGAUGGUGCACCUCAGUAAACAGGAGGCUAUGCUGGAAGUCAAAGACCUGUUGAAGCACCUGGAUGACAUGCUGUCUUCGGCCUGUCAAUCAGCAGAAACACUUUACAAGGUCCUGUACUGGGACAAUCACACCACAUCAUCAAGGUUUUAUGUAGGAUUGUUUACAGUGGUGUGUCUUCUCUACCUCGCUCCUGUGGGCUGGGUAAUUGCUGGUUUAAACAGCGCCGUCUUCCUUUGGAAUAGAGACUUCCACAGAGCUUUGUUGGACCUGAAGAAGCUGUUCCAUUUUGGCCAGGCCUCGAGUUCAGAGGCAACGUAUGAACAACUGGAGCACAGCAAUGCAGUGGACAGGACGCCCACACCAACCAGUCUGGAGGACAUAUCACCAGGCAGUAUAGAGGAAGCAGAAGAAGCUGAGCCUGAUGAUGAAUUUAAAGAUGCAAUUGAGGAAAGUUCCAUUUCCCUGCAGGAAACCCCUUUGGUGUUAGUGGAGGAUGAUGAUGGUCCACUUGGAGCCCCUGAGUUUGACACGCUCUCUGAAAAUGGCCUCCUGAGUCGUAAUGAACCCAUACGCAGCAAAGUGUCCAAGCUGACCGAGAAACUGCGCAAACGCUACCCCACCACCGGUGCAGGUGUCCGUUUUCCUCUCUCCAAAGGCAACUGUGCUAGCUGCAAUGCUGUCUUCUCAGUCCUGAAGAAAAGGAAGAACUGCAGCAACUGUGGCAACAGCUUUUGUUCGCGAUGCUGCUCAUUCAAAGUGCUCAGGUCUUGCAUGGGGGCCACUGCUCCGGAGGCCCAGAGAGAGACUGUGUUUGUUUGCGCUGCCUGUAAUUCCUCACUCAUCAAGUUACAGUGACCCGACAUUUGGCCGUGUGGCCCGGUUGGAUGUGUAUCACUGUUUACUACUCGGCGCCUCACACCGAGAAGCAACUAAACUCUCAAGACAUGCCACCUCAGGCACAGGCAUCUUUGAAAAUCCUUCUUGGCUUUUCUGUUAUGCCCACCCUUAUGUCACUGGAUGUUAGGUUUACGGACCCUUGUUGGUCCCUUUGCUGAUCAGAGGGAAUGAAGGUCAUUCAUGGAAACACAGGAUGACUGGUGCUUUCAGGCAUUACUCACAAGAUCAAUGGUCUUAAAUUUUGACUGACCAUCAACAUGAUCAAAUUUGAACUCUGGAGGAUUUCCGUUAAAAAAAGCUAACAAAAAAAAAUGUUAUGAGUGACGUUCUUGGUAACACACUGGGUUAAAAGAGCGAUAUGGACCAGGAUGCUUUCUCGGGCCGUUUGAGCUUCAUGGGCUAACAUUGUAUUUUACUCCUAACUGGAUCAAAAUUUCGCCAACUGGAGUCACCAGAUUGGACAGGGCAUCUGGGUCAAAUCAUCAUCAUCUGCCCCGCACUCUGAAAAGCAGGACUUGAAAGUGGCUGCAGUGGCAUUCUAACUCGAGACUGACCCUAGAUGCAACGGUAUUUUUUAUUUUUACACAGGCACUGAUGAUUGUAAUUGUUGGCUUUGCUUUUAUUGUACCGGUAAUCAUACAAAGGUUUUAAUGUAAUCCCUUCUUCUAGAGCUAAUAUAUUUAAUUUAAAACGCCUGAAAAUGCAAGUUAUGAUGGAUUUUUGUCAUGUAUAUAUUGCUCCAUCUUUUAUGGGUGAAAUAUUCCGUUGUCGAAAUAAACUGUCAAAUCCCAAA